AUGGAGGAGGUCAGGGAUGACGUCAUCAGCGCAGAGGAAGGAGAGCAGCAGCAGGCAGCAGAGAGCAAAGGAGCAGCAGUGGAGGCGGAGCAGAGAAAGCAGGGAAAAGAAUUGGAAGGCAAGCCAGAGCAGGGAGGGGAGGGUGGUGGUCAAGGGGAGCAGGGAGGGCAGCAGGCGGGGCAGAGGGGAGGGAAGCUGUGGGUGCGGGUGGAGCGGCGGGAGGAGAUAGAGGCACAGCGGGCGGGGCUGCCAGUGGUGGCAAUGGAAGGCGAGGUGAUGGAGGCGGUGGGGGGCAGCAACGCCGUGCUUGUGUGCGGCGAGACAGGGUCGGGGAAGACCACGCAAGUGCCACAGGUGAGUGCGGGUGUGUGGGGUGGGGAAGGGGAAAUGCGUGGGUGGGGGGAGGAAGGGGAGGGUACAUGCGGGCCUGCCCUGCCAUCUCCGUGUGCAGUGGGAUGGGGUCGGGCAGAACGACCCAAGUGCCGCAGGUGUGUGGCGGAGGGGCGUUUUCUCUAUGAAGCAGGGUACGGCUCGUCCCUCCCGGGCGGCACAACCGGCAUGAUUGCCGUCACUCAAGCAAGGAGAGUGGCAUUUCUGUACGAGGCGGGGUACGGCUCGUCCCUCCCGGGAGGCACACCCGGCAUGAUCGCCGUGACUCAGCCGAGGAGGGUGGCAGUGCUAGCAACGGCCAAGCGCAUAGCGGAUGAGAUGGGAGUCACCGUGGGCAGGGAGGUGGGCUACCAGGUGCGGUACGACCGCCAUGUGGCGGGCGGCACGGCCAUUAAGAUCAUGACAGAUGGCAUCCUGCUGCGCGAGGUGCAAGCGGACCUGCUGUUGCGGCUGUACAGCGCGGUGGUGCUGGACGAGGCGCAUGAGCGGAGCGUCAACACCGACAUCCUCGUCGGGCUGCUCUCGCGCAUCGUGCCCCUCCGCUAG